CAUCACCCUCUUUCGACUCCACCCAUCACGCCUUUCUCUCACUCUCGAGUGCUUCUCUUACGCACCUUUUGUUCUCCGACUCCGUCGAGCAUAGACGAGUCGUGCGUGCGGUGUACAUAUGAGGAGUGGGAUCGUAGCAGCAUAGAUGGGACUCAAGUCUCUCGGCCUGCAGAUGAUUCCAUGGUGCUUCCACGUGGUGGCCGGCAGUCGGACCAGCCCGUCCCCUGCGGCGCAGGCAACGGGGAUCAGGCUCAUCGGCUGCGACGGCCGGGUCAGGGUGUACCACCGGCCAGUUGCGGCGGCAGAGCUCAUGAAGGAGCACCCCUGCCACCUCGUCUGCCGCUCCGACGCCUUCUUCAUCGGUCAGAAGGUCCCACCGCUGGCCGCCGGCGACCAGCUCCAGCCUGGCCACUCCUACUUCCUCCUCCCCGCCCACUUCUUCCGCUCCGUCCUCUCCUUCGUCACCCUCGCCACCUCCCUCAUCGGCCCCAACGCCGGCGUCGCGGCGAGGAAGACCGCCCUCCUCAGGCCGUUCGACAUCCACAAGACGGCCUCGGGGACGCUUCAGAUCAGGGUCUCCGACGAGUUCCUCAGAGAGAGAGUCCGGGAGGAAGAGAUCUGCCGCGGUAGCAGCAAAGUUGUCUCCACGGAGGCGUUGGAGAAGGAGUACAGGACGUUGGUGAGGUGCAGGUCGAGGCGGUGGAGGCCGAAGCUGGAGACGAUAACGGAGUCGGAGAGGCGGAGAGUAGUCGGGCCAUUCGGUGGCUUCAGGAGGAGAAAGACGACGACGACGACGACGAAGAAGAAGGAAGAGAUCCAAUUAGUUCGGUAGUAGAGCAGCAAUCUCUUAUGUCUUGUACAUUGUAAAUUAUGAUGAAUGGUGUCCUAAGCCCGCCCUAACUAUAUAUUAUUAGGAUCGAAAGAAUCUUUAUCCUUGAAAGAAAGCAAUCUCUUCCGUGCCGGUCGGUUGGGUGUUUUCACAGUUGGAUUUGAUGUUUGAAGUUUCUCGCUUAGCCGUUCAACCUAUUAUCCAACUAUGUAUGCUUCAGCCCAAUGAAUUCCUUAG